AUGACGGCGCUCAUCCGCUGCUUUAAAAAGGUCGUCAAGGAGACCGUGCUCACUCGAGACAAGAGCGUCAAGGGUGAGUCGAUAAGAAGACUCCUCGCCGGAGAGGUGCUAGAGCUUUUGGGCGCUGAGGCGGCCGACGAGGAGGCCGGUGUGCGACGGGUGAGGUGUCACGCGCUGAGAGAUGGCGCGGAGGGUUGGGUGACUACUUCAGGUAGCAAUGGCACACCCUUUCUGCAAGACUACAGCGGCGUCUACAAAGUUGUCAAGGAGACCAUCCUAACCGAGGCGUUCGAGCUCGACACUUCAGGGGGCAAGGAGGCCCCACGCAAGCUCCGCCCGGGUGACCUCGUGGACGUGCGGAUCUGGCCGAAGAAAGAUGACAAGUCCGGUCUCAUGCGCCUCAAGUGCAAAUGCCGGACGGAUGGUACGGUCGGCUGGGUGACGGCGGUGGGCAACACGGGAACUACUUUCCUGGAGGCGCCAGAGGACAAACAAAGCUCAUACUGCUGA